AUGGAGAGCGCAUCCCCCGAAAAACUCAUUUGGGCUCAGCCGCUCACAAGCCCACUAAUUUUCCUUUCUCCAACCGAGGAGCCUUUGCUUGGAGACACAGGAGCUCAACACCUGCGGCCCCAUAGCUCCCCUUCCCCUGCGGGAGCUGCCCGGGCUCCCCGAGAGGCGGCCACGCGCGCCGGGAAUUCCGACCCGCUGCUCCCUGGUUCCCACCCCCGGCAACGAGCGACACGCUCGCUCUUGCCUCUCCGGACCUCGGAGGCCCCGCGCAACGGGGGACAUGACACUUUCCGCCGCGGCGCGCCUCGGGCGCCCGGUUCAUCCUGCAGCCGCAGCAGAGCCCCGUCCAGGUUCUGCCAGGCUCCCGCGCCCGCUGGUGAGGAGCCGCCAACGCGCCGGAGCGGCCCCCACAGGCACCGACCCGGCGCUCAGCACCGCCCGGCUGCCCUCGGGAGCGCAGGGAGGCCGCUAGACUCCGCCGCCGCCCCGGGCCGCGGCGGGCUCGGCAGGACGAGGCUCGGCGUCCCCGCUCCCCCCGGGGCAGGGCAGGGCAGGGCAGGACAGCGCCCCGCGCCCUCCCUCCGGCGGCCCGUUAGCGCGCCCUGCCCCCCCGCACGGCGCCGCCGCCGCCUCCGGGACGGCCCCGGCCCCCGCGCGUGGCCCCCGCCUACCGGGGCAAGCGACACGCCCCGGCCCCGGGACGGGCUCCUGCCCGCCCCUCCCCUGUGGCCUCUCCCGCCGCCGGGGGAUUCCCGCGCCCCGCUCCGAGGCAGUCCCAGCCCCCCCCCGGCGGCGGAGGCCCGCGACCCACGGGCGGGGGGAGCACACGCCGCCCGCCCCACCCCGCGGCAGCCGCUCGCGGCAAAGCCACGGACCCCCGGAGCCCGCCGGGCUCCAUCAAACGCCGCGGCCCCGCCCCCGCACGUCAUGGAAACAAGCGCGUCACCUCCCGCCCGCCAGUGGCGGCGGCGGGGGGCGGGGCCGGGCGCGGAGCCACGCCCACCCCCGGCGCCGUGCCUCUCGCGGCCCCUCCCCCGCCGCCCCCAUUGA